UAAGUCACUAUAAAAAGGAAUAGAUGCAAAACAAAGAGAUCAUUGUGCUUCAAAAUAUUAGUUUUUUUUUUAUUUCUCAUUUUCAUAGAUAUGGAAAAAGAUGUCUCUAAUUGUGAAUACUCUUCUAAAUCCUUCCCUGAGAAGAAGCUCAGAUUAUUUGGGUUUGAGCUUCACCCAAACAACAAUGUUAGCAAUGAUCAUGAAAGUGUGAAUUCAACAACCAGAGUUUCCUCAAAAACGGAAAAACUUUCCCAGGAAACAAACAAGAAAACCGAACCAGACGACAAGAAGUUCGAGUGCCAAUUCUGUCUCAAGGAAUUCGUAAACUCGCAAGCGUUGGGAGGCCAUCAAAAUGCUCACAAGAAGGAAAGACUGAAGAAAAAGAGACUGCAAAUUCAAGCAAGAAAGGCUAGCAUCAACUACUAUCUUCAGCCUUUCCAAAACUCUAACACUCCAUGGUUUUAUGAUUUUUCUAGUGCUCAUUUUGAUGAGUCUCAAAUUAGUUUUAGUAGAUUUGAUCAAGAUAGGCAUGUCAAUGGGUCCAUAGUGUCAAAUUGGUGUGAUUUACCAUUUAGCCUCACUGAAAUAAAAAUGUUCACUCUGACACACUCUGACGACCGCCGAUCGAUCCAAAGUGGGUCCCGGUCUGUCAUCUUCAACCCUUCUUCUUCUUCCUCCUUGUCUGGUUCAAAGCAAAAUUGUAGAACUUUGGAUCUUCAAUUAGGGUUGAGCUUGCAUUCUUAA